AUGGGAUAUAUCAACCCCAAAUACAUUACCCCUCUUCCUCGCCUGACUCCACCACCUCCAUCCUACGACAAAAGCACCCUCGUCGGAGACCGGUACGAGGCUGUCGUCAUUGGUGCAGGUCCUACAGGUCUCCUCCUAUCCGUCUUCCUCACCCGCUACAAUCUCACCUCGGUGCUAACCGUCGAUGCCAAAUUGGGCCCUGUCACCGCAGGCCACGCAGACGGGUUCAAUGCACGCACUAUGGAGAUACUGGCGAGCCUAGGUCUACAUCACGAGCUGCUGGAUCUGGAUAGCUGCAUGACUAGUGUAUGUUUCUGGGGCCCGGACAAAGAGGGCGGAAAAGGGAUCGUCAGGACUGGCGUGGCACCUUCCAAGGACAGGACCAGCAAAUUCCCGUUUACGACGACCGUCAGUCAGGCGCAUGUUGAGCGUGUGUUUACAAACGAUUUGGAAAAUAGAGGUAAUCCGGUUAGAUAUGGCUGGCGAUUUGUGGAGUUCAAGCUACGCGAGGAGGAGGAGUACAAGGAGUUUCCUGUGGAAAUCAAGAUACAAUCCACAAGCGACGAGGCUGAUAUCAAGACCGUGUACGCGAAACAUCUGAUUGGUGCUGAUGGGGCGCAUAGCAAUGUUAGGGCUGGAAUGGGCAUUCCUAUGGAAGGUAGCGGUACGGACGACAUCUGGGGUGUCGUUGAUACAGUGGCCAAAUCCAACUUUCCAGAUAAGCGGCGUGCAUGUCCCAUCGUCUCGCAAAACGGGUCGCUCCUCUGGAUACCGAGAGAACGUAUAUCGCCUACCGAGCAGCUCACUCGAAUUUACGUGCAACUCGCUACUACGGCGUCGGAUGGAUCUGCAGCCGCAGACCAGACAGUUGCUUCCGCCUCCACUGCCGCAUUCAAGCACCACACGAGAUAUGCGGCAGAGACAUUUGCGGAAGAAAACGCUGCCAUCCCCACAAAUAACAACCCCGAUAGCAACUCCCGCUCGACGACUAAAACUCUGCGUCUUAAAGCCACCCUUGAUGACAUCCUCUCUCGCAUUCCUCCCGCUCUUUAUCCGUACUCAUUCGAACCAGGACACAUCGACUGGUGGGCCUCCUACCAAGUCGGCCAACGCAUGGCCCCGUCAUACACCUUCCCUACCUCAACCCAUUCUCCACCGUCCCCAGCCAGAGUCCUAAUCGCCGGCGACGCCUGCCACACGCACUCCCCCAAAGCGGGCCAAGGCAUGAACUUCGGCCUAGCAGACGCCCAAAACCUCGCCUGGAAACUCGUCUACGCUAUCCACGGCCUUGUCACUGACCCCAAUGCUUUGGUAAAAAGCUACGAAGACGAGAGACACCAAGCUGCAAGAACGCUCCUGGAGUUCGACAAGAAGUGGAGUCGUUUGUUUAGUGGGGGUUUGAGUCCGGCCGAAGCUGGGCUCCGGCCCGAAGAGUUCAUGCGCUUGAUGGCGGUGAAUCAGAGCUUUAUUAGUGGGCAUGGGAUACAGUAUCCGGCAAGCUAUCUGGUAGGACAGAAGAAAGACGAGGUAAGGGAGCAUAUGGAUGAGAUACUGCGCCCGGGGCGAGUGCUGUGUAGCGCUUCUCUUAUACGCUUCGAUGACGGUUCAGCGGUCGAUAGCCAGGACGCGAUGUAUGCGAACGGGAAGUUCCGCGUCGUUGCAUUGAUUCCUGAAUCUACGGGCUCGUCUCCGCAAGACGAAGCGUGGUGGCCUGCUUUGGAGGCACUUCUGAAUAAUCUUCAAACCGAUGUUUUACGAAGUGUGGUCGAGACGAUAAUCAUUCACCCUUGGCCUGCUUUGAACCAUGACAUCGAAUGGACGCAUUUUCCUGCGAUCGUACGCGAGGUUUCGGAACGCAAUGUAUACGGAGAAGCUAAAGAAGAUGGAGUUUACGGUGUAUGGGGGAUCGAGCGAGGGGUGGGUGCUUUGGCCGUAGUGCGGCCGGAUGGAUAUGUCGGGGCGCAUUUUGGGUGGGGGGAGAUGGAUGCUCUGAGAUUGUAUUUCAGAGGGGUCAUCGGGUAG